AUGGAGAUCUUCCUUUUUCUUGUGGGCUAUUUUGUCCAGUUUGCAGCAUCUUGCAUCUUGCUCUACAAGAUCUGGAAGCACAAGUCCAUCUAUGGCUUGAGUAUUGACACUCAGGCAGCAUACAUGCUGGCCGUCGUGGCGCGUUGCAUCUGGUCGAUGGAGACAAGAUUGGUGGAGACGAAGUUUGCGUACUUAGAGCUCUCGAUGUCAACAGCUGUAGCCGUUGCUCUUAGCUUCAUGUGCUACCAGCUGCAGCACACUGCCCCCAAGCAGUCCACCCCUUUUCUGAGAGUGUACGCCACGGCUCCCGCGGCCUUGAUCCUGGCCUUCUUCUUCCAUCCGGGAGAUGAAUGGCUCACGAUGCAGAUACUGGUUUCCUACACCAUGUUUCAGGAGGCGUUCGGGCUCUUGCCACAGCUGUGGCUGAUGAGGAAAAUGCACGAGGUGGAACCAUUAACGUCCCAUUACGUUGGCCUUAUUGUGGUUGCGCGCUUCAUCCGGAUGUGCUUCUGGGGCAAAAUGUACUUCUUGGGUGAGCACUUCUUGCAGCUCUUCUUUGCAGAUGUGCUUCACACAUUACUUUCCGCCGACUACAUGUACCUGUGGUGCAGGAAGUUGCAGUAUGGAGGCCGCCUCAUCUACAGCCAAAGUGCAGUCAAGGCUUCAGUCUGCAAUUGCAGUCUGCAGUUGCAUGUGCGUUGCAUGUGCGUUGCAUGUGUGUUGUGCUCAUGUGAGUUCCUGUGGAAAGCAGAAGUGAGAGUAGCGGUUGCCGCCCCAGGUUUGAACUGGAGAGGCGAUCUCGCCCGAGACUGGCGUCACACUCUGGCGAUUCUUAGAUGCGGCCGGGAAAAAAGCGCUAUGGAGGUGACCGUUCCGCGCCUGCCGCAUGUUCCUUGUUCCAACAGACAGGUAUUUCGUUCAAGCUUAUACUAG